AGUCGAAACCCCAAACCCAACAGCCUGCUUUGCUUGCUCUGCACUCCCCGUUCUCUCCCCACUGCGGAGGGGCUUCCACUGCGAUUCCGAGGGAUAGAAAUCCAGCAGCUGGGCGGCCUCCCGAGUGACAAUUCGCUGCAGCAACUGCGCCCGCGCGAGCACGGUUCUGAUUGGCGCGGCGGAUCUUGUCGGGCUGCCACCGCCACGAUGAUGAGCAGCAGCUCCCCUCCGCCGCCGGCCUCGCUUCCCGCCGGGAGUUCAAGCUUAUUCAGAGGAUACACAAAGUUGUGCAAGGGCCUCGCCAUAAUAUUGCUCCUUGUGCACCUUUUAGUCCAGCUGUUUCCAUCGGCUGUUGCCUAUCUUGCGCUUAUUCCUUCAAGGACAAUCCCUUUUACCUGGAACCUGAUAACUGCCGGCUACGUCGAGCAAACAAUUCCUGGGGUGGUUGUCAGCAUUAUUGGCCUUCUUUCAUUUGGGAAGCUGUUAGAGCCUUUAUGGGGUUCAAAAGAGUUAUCAAAAUUCAUUUUUAUUGUCAACUUUUCAACUUCUGCAUGCGUCUUCAUAACUGCUAUUGCUUUGUACUAUAUAACACAGCAAGAGAGCUACCUCUAUACACCUCUUUCUGGAUUUUAUGGAGUUCUGUCAGGAUUGUUGGUGGGCAUUAAGCAGCUUUUACCAGAUCAGGAGCUUAAUCUUUUUGUCCUAAAGAUUAAGGGAAAGUGGAUUCCAUCUCUUGUUGCUCUGAUCUCGGUUGUUGUAAGCUUCUUCGUAAAAGAAUUGGUGUCUUACCUUCCAAUCUUGUUGUUUGGCAUUUAUAUGAGUUGGAUUUACCUGCGUUACUUCCAAAAGAGGCUUGAGACAGGCCUGAAAGGAGACCCGAGUGAGGAGUUCUCUUUCUCAAGCUUUUUCCCUGAAUUUCUAAGACCUAUUCUGGACCCAAUAGCUUCUAUAUUCCAUACGCUUCUUUGUGGAAGAUCCGAAAUAUCUGAUGGCAGGGGGCAGACAUUAGAUACCUCACCAUUGCCCGGUUCAGACUCAAUUGAGGCAAACCGAAGGAGAGAAAGGGGCCAAAGGGCGCUGGAGCAAAGAUUAGCUGAGAAGCUGGCUGCAGUCAGAAGUCCAGAGGGCACACCGCUAGAUGCCGCUGACAAAGUUUGAGUCUUCUAUGCAACGAACUGUGCAGUUUGUGAAUUCCCGGCGAUGCGUUGUCCCAAGUGAUUCCUUGAAUGACAGAACGAACGAGCGAAGAACAUGGAUUUCAGCAGCCCCGGCCGCACCGCCAUGUGCGUCAAUUUUCCCAUGUUUUCUCGUAGUUAUCAUCUGUAAUCAACUGACGAAGCACUAAGCACUAUACAGAGCAUGGCCAUGGUGACGCGGGAAUGCAAUGCUCCGUAGGACAAGAACUCUUCUAUGCUCUUUAUUUUUAUGUUUCUUUUUAAAUUUGGAGGUUGAUAGUAGUUCACAGCAACGAAACUGUCAGGAGCUUUUAGAGCUUAUGUUCGUUUCUCUUCUUAACCCACUUUGUUAGAACUAUGGUGACAACGACGUGAGAAAAUCUUUCCGCUUUGUAUU